CGAUACACUUGAAUUUGAUGGCGCACUUGAACAUAUAUCAGGAUCACAACAACUACACAAGAGGCAGACAAAAACAUCCUGUUGAGCAGGUUUGUCCAGGAAUUCAACAGAAGUUUCUGUACAACAGAAGGAAGAUCGAUCCUUUCUCAUUCAGAUACUUAUAGUGCAAUGAAGUGUACUACAUGUACAUGUUCAACCAAAAUAAAGAAGACAGCACCUUGAUAAUGGUGUCUUCAGAUAGAAUGAUGGCCAUUCUCUGGUCACCUGAGCCAAACAAGACCAGUGUCCAUGAUGACACCCUGCAGUACCUGCUCAUUUUGUGCUGCAAAGUAGCUUUGAACACACUCAUUUUGUCAUUCUGGAUGCGCAGUAUUUGCAAAUCAUUCCUGGGGCUCUGCAGCAUCUCUUUGUACGUGGCAGAUGUACAGUUGGUCGGUGCCAUCUUCUGUGCAUGGAUCGUAAGAGAACACCUACCUACCUCCACCUCUAUGUGCUUUAUCCUGGCACAUGGCUCGGCUAUCUACGCCCUGCUACCUCUACCCAUUCUCAUCGCUGGGGCAUUCGACUACGCCACAUACCCACACCUGGUUACUGAGCACAGCUCCCAGCGCAGGACAGUUACUUACUGCAUUACAGUUGUGGUUAUCUGGGCAUCAGUGUGUGUAUACUCCUACCAUCACACUGACACGCGACCUGCAGAGAUUUACAAAGAGGUAAAAGUCUUAGUGUGUAACGUGCAGGGAUCUAAUGUUGUGUUGCAUUUUAACGCAGAAGUAUCCAUAGUGGUGGGUCUCAUAAUUCUGCUGUAUUCAAAUAAGCUAAUUGGCUGGAUUAGAAGGGCCAAUGAAAUGGAAGAACAAAUAAAUAAUGCCUUUGAUCCUGAGAAACAUCAGUACUUACCUGACAGUUUGGAUGGGGAAGGUGGAAAUUGGGAAAUUCAAGAAAGUCCCCCCCCACUCUUUGCCAGUUUGACUAUAGGGUUUGCUAUCAACUGGAUGCCCUACCUGUGUAUGUGUGUAGCAUGUGACUUGGUGGGUUGUGUAUUGCCAGCUUAUGCAAGUGUGAAUCUCCUAUGGAUGGCCUGUGCCAAUAGUCUACUCGUUGGCAUUGCUUUUUGGCACAAGAGUGACAAGACUGGACAUUUCAGCAAAUUCCCAGAUGAUAUUUGUUUGUGGAGCAUCUACUGGCGCUUGAGUAAAGGAAAAUCACCAACCGUUGCCGCAAAGCUGUCGAUGGGACUACACACAAAUACCAUUAUGCCUUCUCAAGAGGUAUAGGCCAUUUCAAGGUUCCAGUACUGUUAUGAUGCUCUCUUGCAACCAUGUUAUAUCAUGUUUUGAGCAAAACCAAAAUCUAUAGCUCUGUUCUAAAAGAGAGUGAGCAGCCUACCAAGGAAGCAUUUAAAGGCAUCAUAGGCAGAGAACAAAUCAAACUUUUUUUCACUGCCAGCCACAGAGGCAGAUGAAUGCCCGGUUUUACAGGCUACUUCGAUUACAUUGUCUUUGUAUAAACUGGUAAUGAAUUAACACAAAAUAAUACUCACUGCACCGCUAAAGGAAACAAAAUGAGUGGUAUUGUUAUACUACAGCUGAUACAUUAUCAUAAAAUAUGAUUCUGGUAUUGUGACAACCCUAAUCUAUGCAUUGUUCCACAGGUACAGGUGUAAGCCAUUUUUAAAUCAAUUUAACUGUGCUGAACAAACAACAGGGAAACUAACAGAAUGUUCUUCUAUACCAGAAUAUCUGAAAUGAUUGCAGAAAACUUAAGUUUUAAAAAUAAAAGCUGUUGAGGAUCUAGUGACCUAUUGGACUUGCAUUUUUGUACAACAAAGUUGGCCUACAGUGGCUCAGCUUUCUAUGUUCUUAAAGGGAUAUUGCAAACAACACAGAAAAAUGAUUCCUUCUGUCAUUAUUUACUCAGCCUUACAUCGCUCCAAACCUGAAUGACGUUCUUUCUUAGGUGGAACACUCACGCCUCAGUCCCAUUUCAAUUUUACUUUAUAGGAAAAAGCAGCAUCAACAUUCUUCCAAAUUUCUUCUCGUGAUCCACAGAAUUGGGCCAGUGAAGACCUCUACUUUUAGCAUUCUACAGUCUGAACUCCUUGAUUCUACAGUCUAACUGAACCUCUAGAGGUUCAAAACAAUUCAAUCAAAAUCACUGACUCCGCCUGGAGAUUGUUGUGUAACGUGACUAGGCUAUUCAUAGAGACAGAUGCUAUAAAUGCGGUUUUAAAACAUCGACAGAGAAAAGCCAAAUUAAUGUAUACAAUCCAUGUUAUUAUCAUGGUACAAUAAAUCAGUAAUUUAAGACAACCAAAGGUAGUUUGAUAAUUUGUUUAUAACUAAUCGCUGCACUGAAGAAUUGCAUUGUCAACAAGGUGGAGAGGACAGGCAAAUGGACAUUAGAUGAGGUGAAGCUAGAGGACAAGCAAACCAAGCAAAUGGUUGGAGCAUCUGUCAAAGAGGGGCUUCAUGCAACGGUGAGGCUGUGAACGUUGUUCAUUUGUACUGGGCUUAAUUAAAGGCUGAAGCCUCCCUGAUGUUCAUGUUAUAUAAAUUACAUAUAUUCUUGAUGCAAAACCAAUGAAUUAGAGACAUAUAAAGCUUUAAAAAUGUAAUAAUUUUGUAGGCUAUCAUCUUAUUUUCCCAAUAUAGUUGUCAUGUCAUUGUGCAAUUCUCCUAUGUAAGCCAUUCAACUCACUCCAGCAUCUUUACACUGUCUGACAGCUCGUCUGUGACAGCUCGUCGUGACCAAAUAGAUUAGCCUACCUCAGUUUAUUAUUUAUUAUUAGUGGUAUUGUGACCAACAUUAAUCUGAUUUAAAUUGGGAUGAGUGACUGAUGACAUAUUGAGAGCACCUGAAGAGAGCACAUGAUUGCUCAAACAGUAAAUGGUAAUUGGUCUGCACUUAUAUGCCUUAACGGUAUUGAAACCGCUUUACACUGUGACACAUUCACCCAUUCAUACACCAAUGGUGGUAGAGUUGCCAUGCAAGGUGCUAGCCUGCCAUUGGGAGUAACUUGGGGAUCAGUGUCUUGCACACACUUCGGCAUGUGCAGUCAUGUGGGCCAGGAUUCGAACCACCAAUCCUGCGAUUAGUGGCCGACCCACUCUACCAACUGAGCCGCAGCCGCCCCUAGUCUCUAUAGAAUCUCUAUCACUCAACACAACGUCUGACCGUAUAUCCUCUUCCUGUUCACUGUGCAACGAGUCCAAAUAACCACCGUAACGACUCUAGAAAUUGGCAAAUUUAUUCGUACAAAUUUAAAAAAACAAACCGGCAUAUUCAUCUCAAUUACAUCAUGUCUGAAAGUUUAAAUUCGUGAAUGCUUAGAAUUGCCAACAACUCACCCUCCAUAGGCCAUUCUGUCAAGCUUCAAGGGCUGAGAAAGCACUCAUUCAUUAGAUGAUCAGUGUAGGUGUGAUUGCCUGCACGCUGCAAAAACGUUUGGCCCUAAAUCUAGGCACGAUCGGGCCGAUCACUCUAAAUCUCUAGUUCUCAACCUUUUUUUGAUGAAUGGGCCCCCUACUUAAUUCCCUGAUUCCAUGAACUUUAGGGCCUAUAAAAAGAAAAUGUGAAGACAGAAACCAAUAACAAAAGUUGUACUAUUAUUUUAUUCCAAAAAUAAGUGAAAUGACAAAAAAUAUUGCAUAUUUUCUGCAUAUUUUGGAUGCAGAUGUAAAUUUACAAGUGUUAACAACAACGUUGUCUCUAACAAAAUCGUAGUAUCGGCAGAUUUUUUGCAUAAUCAGAUUUGAAUAUCUUUACAUUAUUGUGUGAAACUAAUUUGGGGUACACUUUAAUGUGUAAAGAAACACAAAGCUCUAACUACACAUUAUUUCAUAUAAAUGUAAAGCCUAUUAAGAAAAACUUUAUUGUUUACAUCUAUAAAAAGUGCAAAGUUAACACCUAAUUUGUGGCCAAAUUAUUCUGACAUUGUGACUGAAUUGAAACUCCUUUCAUCAGAUUCUGAUUGAUUCCAAUGUAGUCAUGUCUCUGUGCAUGUAACAGUGUUUGCUUCGGUUCAUCUAUUCAAUGCUAUUUAGAAUGUUGAUCAUUUAAUGUGGUUUUAAACUAGUUUACUCACCAAGGGUGAUAUAGAGAUUUGCACCAGAGAAUUCUACAGAGCCAUUUUGGUGCAUUGGGGAGGUUGUAACUCUGCCUGUCUAUUUGACACCACUAAACCAGAUAUUUCAGAUGCAUCGCUAAACUUCAGAAUUAGAUGAACUGCAGUCCAAAUGUGUAAAAAACAUAAUACAAAACUGUUUAUAUUCCAAGUCCAAAUAAACGUUUCUGUUACGUUCCUGUGUUGUCUGCCCUCUGUUCUUUGUUUCACUAUCACGUUUAUUUCACGUUUUCUUGUUGUCCGCUCCGUGUUUUCCGUUUCACCCGUCACCGAUCCUGUUCCAUGUCACGUUUUCCCUGUUGUCCGCCCUGAGUCUCACUGUCCGUGUGUUUAACUACAUUUCCCACAAUUCCCGUUCUCCCUCACUGCCUGCGCUCAUCAUUGUUUCCACCUGUGUCUCGUUCAGUCGCCACUUUGUCCGUGCAUUUAAAACCCUGUUUCUUUGUAUAGUCACUGUCGAUCGUUGACGUUUCAUGUCCGUGCCCAUGCUACGCUGUGUCAUUCGUGUUCAUCCGUGUUCAUCCGAGGUUACCCUGUUCCCUGUCUGUUCCGUCUGAGGUUACCCUGCUGUCUACAGUUUCGUGUUUCUGUUCCCUCGUGUUUGGACUGUUUCAUUGUGAUUUCAGUUACCUAUUUUCCCCUCGUGGACUUUUCUUUGUGUUUGCCCUUUUGUUUACCCUGUGCUAAAUAAACUAUACUGCAUUUGGAUCCGCACCUCUGUCUGUCUUGUCCCACUUCUACACCCAGCAUCACAGUUUCUAUGCAAAGAGGAACUUGCUGAUACUGUACAUUUGAUUAAUAUGACUGAUAAACACCCCCCUCUCUACUGAAUUGCUCUCAGCACCACAUCUCAUCCUUUAAAAGCCCCCUGGGGGUGGUACUUCCCCCGUUGAGAACCCCUACUCAUACUUUAAUUGCCCUGUAAACUUUUAUACAACAGUUAGUUCUGGUCCUCAUAUCUGAUUUGACGA